AAAUCGAGAGACCAUAACGUCGCUUACAGAUGUGGAGAGCUGAACGUUAUCUAUAGCGGGUGGAUGAGACAAGGCGACGCACCUUCACCUCACCUCUUAGAAAGCUCCCUGUUGUUCCGUGCGCAUCCUCGGGAGCUUGCUGUGGACUGAAGUGAUUCUGAGAAACUUACAUCUUUACAUGGAUGUUUUUACAUUACUGUGACAAAAAGUACGCUGUUAAACUGAAGAGAAAUAUUGGAUAUAUCGACUCUGUGUGAUGAUUUGAAAGAAGGCCGAUCAUUGUCGCGAAAAUUAAUUUUCAUUGAACAUUUAAAGCGGAUAAUUUCUUAAGUGUUAAAAGGAAAAUGCCGAAAUCAUUUUUGGUUCGAAAAAAGUCCUGCGUUCAAACACGGACAUGGGAAGAUGUUGCCACGCCCACCUUUACCCCAGGGGAUUCGGACACCUCUACCCCUUGGACCACACCCCCACCGACGCCAGAAAAGAGAACAGUAUCAGACUGUGAAGAUGACACAAAAGGAGAAAAGGCUCUGGCUGUACCUGUGAAGAAACCGCGCAAUUACGCCGAGGUUACCUCUCCUGCAAGACCUGAAACAAUUACAUCUAAUAUCUUCCAGUUCCCACCACGACUCAACCAUCCACAUUUUAGCGCAGCCUUCAGUCGACCUCCCAUAGAACACAUCCCUUCAAGACGAGAGCAUGAUUACAGCCCUAUUUCUCAUUUCCCACGUCUUCCAGCCCUCAGACCGCCUGUUCUGUGGAAUCAUGUUAUGCAUGCGCAUCCAGCUUCGUUUAUGCACGUUCAUUCUCCGCCUCCAACUUGGCUACCGACCCCACCCCCUAUCAACUCUUCACCAAAUACCUGGAUGUCGCCUUACGCUGGGAAAACACCAUCGCCUCUCGGAGUUCUCUCCCCUGCGGAAAUACCGUCACCUUCAUCGACAGUAAUGGCGGAAGAACCCUCUUCAUUCAACAGUGCGGCAAUGCCAGUGCAUCUUUCUUCUCAUAUAGGUCCACUUGACCUGAUGACCAGACAAGCUGACCAAUCGCAACCCUUGUUACAAGCGCCAGUCCCUCACUUCCCAAUCAGAGAACGCGUUACACCCUAUCCAAAACCGACCGGAAUUAAAGUAGAAGUCAUCAACAAUGGCUUUGGAAUCAAGAAUCCACUGUUGACCAACGAGAAGCCAGGUGCUAUUCACCCAGAUGUGCACCCUAUUCAAACUUCCCCGGCCUAUCUGAUGACGUCAGAACCGUGUCACGCGUGCACCCUGUGCGGGUUCAAGACAGACACUCCUCGAAUGCUGCAGAAACAUCUCAAAUCGCACAAGGAGAUCAAGCGAUUCCUCUGCACGGUAUGCGGGAAGGGCUUCAACGACACGUUCGACCUGAAGCGACAUACACGCACCCAUACAGGUGUGCGGCCCUACAAGUGUGAUAUCUGUGGGAAGGCCUUCACACAGAGAUGCUCUCUUGAAUCCCACGGGAAAAAGAUUCACGGGAUGAUGUUCACAUUUGCCUUCAAUGAACGCAGGACUAAAGUGUACGUGUGUGAGGAAUGUGGUCACUCAACUAACGACCCCGAGGAGCACUUCCUGCAUCUGCGCACGCAGCAUCCGAACAAUCCCGCCAUAUUGCGAUGUCAUGACAGACGGCAGUUUAAAUUUGGAGGAAAACUUCACGAAAGGAGGAAAGUUUGUUCAUCUGAUACGGAAGAGAUUCAGGUUACGUGACCAAACAAGCCAAGAACAAAAACAAUACCUUGUCUUUGUACACCGCAGUGGACAGACUAUCCAAAACAAUAGGACUUUCCCACGUUUUCUAAUUUACAGGUUUAUAUUUAAUUCCUUCUCUCUGAAAACAUGACUCAACGAUUUGUUUUGUGUGUGUCCCGGUCGUGACAUGACUAAAUAUAUCUGUUGCUGAAUACAAUUUUCGGGAAUGCAGUUCACGGUGGAGGAAGGAAAUUGACCCUAUUGUGCAUCAUUAUAAGGAAGUGAGGAGGUCACCGCCACUAUUAAGUCGUAAUCUACCCAAAGGUUUGAAAAAAACAAAACCCAACGCACUGGAAACAUUCUUCAACUGCACAAUGUGCACACCCCUAUCAUAUGUUCCUGGUAGUUGGUGACAUUCCGAGACAAGCCGAAUGACAUGCUGCGGGAAGACACGAGUGGUCACGAAUGCCAUAAAUCAAGAUAGGGUUUUGGCAACUCACGUCUCUGUUAUUAUAAACGUCAACCUCUUCGUUCAUAAAGUUCCACAAACACUAACUCUUCGUUCGUCCGGACCCCGGUAAUCCGGACUCCCUAUUUACUGGGCACUUUUUGUUGGAAAAGUUUACAACCUCGUAAAGGGUCAGCUCAUCUGAACAAAUUUGACUGAAAAUAGUACCGUCCGGUCUAAGGAGGUUUAACUCUAUUCACAUCAUGCAGCGGAUGAUGUUAAGGAUAUUUCAAUACCACUAUGGACAGUGAACAGGAAUAAGUUCGACUUAAUCAGCAGAUUUUCAUUUAAACAGUUUUUAUCAGGGUAUUUGAUUUCUAUUUAAUGUGUUGAUAUCGGUCCCAUAACAUAAUGAGGCUGUGAUUUUUGCCCUUAAAGUGUUCUAAACCAUGCAAGAGGAUGAACCUGCAAUAUUGGAAUGGCAGACAUAAUGCCAUUGUUUUUCUGCUCUUCUUCUGUUAAUAUACACUGACAUUUAGAAAGUGGUCAAACAUGUGUUAUGGUCAGUACUGGCAAUUAGGUGCCUCACUCACAUUCAAAGUACGAGAAUCUGUACUUUUCUGAGAGAGUUACUGUAUUCCUAAAUUUAACAUGUGUUCCACCUUCCUCUUUUUAUGAUAUGUACAUUCUUUCUAUCUGCUUUUCACAAUAUAUUGUAUAUAAUGACAUACUAAACUAUUUAUGAUUCGUCAUGUUUAAGUUUCAUUUAAUAAAACUGGUAAUGUCGA